AUGGUCAAGAAAACCAAACCGGGGAGGGCCCAAAUCCAAAUCCCCAUGGACCAACUGCCCAUCCAGACCAGACUCAACGUCAAAAAGUACACGCCUGAUUCGUGCAAUGAUGCUCUCCACGGCCGAAAGGUCCCGAUAGGACUUGGCUACGAGCUGACCCGGGCUUGUGUCAUUCGCGGUAUUCGGCACCACCCUGGUUUUGCUCGUGAGCUGCAUGGAGUCAGUCCAGAUCUCACGCGUGCAUUGAACGCUCGGGAUAUCAUGAGCGGCAUUAUCCCAGCCAUGUCAGAGUCUGAUCCUGCUGAAACCCCUUACUGCAUCUGGCACCCAGACAUUCCAAACGAGGAUACUCUGCGAGCCCUGGUCAAAAGGUAUCCCAACAUGAUUUACCAUGCCGCUCGUGCCUGCGCAGUCGCGGGAUACAUUGACCUAUACAAGGAGCUCAACCUCCUUCCGGAAGUCCAUGUCGCAGAGGAAGCCCUGCAUGCGGCUGUGGGAAGAAGUAACAAGGGCAGUGAGGAGAUCUGGCAGAAUAUUGCGUCCCAUCCAGUCAAAUUCGCCAUCAUGAAUGAUUACACGCGGACAGUUGACUUUGCUAACCCUCGACCUGCAACUCUCAACGGCGACACGGCCGUGUAUUCGAGCCUUACUGGCGGCCGCGAACACCUAGAGCCCAUGGAACUCGACCGUUUUCACCACGGCUACAGGCGUCAUUAUCGGAAAUACUAUUUCAAUAUCACAGAGGACUGGUGUAUAGAUGACCAUGACCACGACCAUGAGGCACCUAAUCCCCUGGAGAGCUACUAUCCGUUUCUCUAUGGGCCGCUCCCAGCUGACCUGCCACCCAUCAACAAGGACAAACUGAUCCAGGUGGCUGCAUAUUGCGGCGACAUUGAUCGAUACACUCGUUUGCGGAGACCACAGAUGGUUGAAGACGAGUUCGGUUGCAUCCUCCGGGGCAUCUACCAUAACCCGUUCUGGGCAAAAUGGUGGAGCACGCAGGUCCUUAACGAUCCGACAGCGAGGUUCACCAAGUGGGAGGAAGCACUUAUCCAGCGCGUGAUCAACGGCCGCCGAACCAUGUCGGACGAUGUUACCUGGGUCACGGCCGACACUCCCAAAGACCUGCUGCCUCUGAACAUCUGGUUCCCCCAGCAGGCUUGUGAAGAAACAUACGAGAGACUGGCCAACAUCAGACCGGAUAUGCUAUUCCGAUGUCUCUACGCAUGCAUCGUGGCCGAUUACCAGGACCUGUGGGAUCGGCUGCUCCGGUAUUCACCCCGAAAGGGCGCGCCUCAACAGAUCCAGCCUGUAACAGAGAGUGAAGCUCAAGAGCGGAAGCUCCAGAAACUUGCUAAACUGGUCGGCCCUUCCUUGUGGAUGGAGGCCAAGGAUUCGCGGAAUGAUCACUAUCGACAAGAUAUCAAGGCCGCUGUUCCCAACCAGCUCGAGUACCUCGAAUGGGAAUACGGGGAAGUGGCCAACGCGCUUCUUCGUACACGCGCGAGGUAUUUAUAUUCUCCUGGGUCAAGCAGCAUCGACAGAUGGGUCGACCGGAAUGAUCCAGUUCAUGUUUCGCCAGGUUCGCUAAGUGGAUAUGACGGGGCAGGCCCUACUUUGCCUGCACUGGACUUUGCUGUCUUCUUCAGGGACGUCGUGGGCGUGGACAAUGAGGUCUGGAGAGACGAUCCCAAUGGUCGUCUUGAGAUGGAUGAAGUGUAUGAAUUACUAGAGCACCGUAGAGAUCCUACGCAAUAA